UGCAUUUCCUAAGUAACACACAAACAAGAGAGACUCCUGUCAACCUGCCAUGCUGCCAGUCACGCUCACUCACUCACCACAGUGUUUUGAAAACUUUGUUGCGUCACAGCAUGCAAAAUACUAAAACGUCAGGGAUAACGAAGGGAGACAGAGCUAGAGCCUAUUCUACUACAGUACUCCGACUGGUGUCAUUUCUACAGACUAAAUGAACCCCUGGGGUCCAUAAAGGGUUCCACAGAUUUAUCAAGGGGAUGCUGUUGAAUGCACAAGGAGACUUAUCGAACACUCACAAAGUGGACUAGGCCGACUAACAUUGGAGUGGACUUAUCAGGAUAACUACAUCCCCUGGAAUAUCACCCUUUCACCUGGGAAUGAUGGACAACACAACACCCCCAGCACUGGAGGAAAUGAAGGAUGUAGAGAAAGAAAAGGAGACGGUAGAAGGAGAGUUGGGGAACGGAGAACAUGAUAAUGACAAUGAGGAUGGAUUUGUUGGACUCUUGAAUGAUGUUGACCAACAUCUGCCCACUGCUGACAGGACACCCAGUGUGUUUAGUGGGGUGAAACCCCAAAGCAAACUUCUCUCUAGCCCGGACUCACCAUCUAACAGUCUGGAACUACAAGACCACGAUGGAGGACCAGAAGAAAGACCCCGGCAAAUGGGUGACACAGAACCAGGCUCUGAACUGCAUUUGACUCAAGGCCUUUUGUUUGAUAUUCAAAUAUGUGACAGUGGUGUGCGGGAGAGGGGAGAAGAACAUGUAGAGGAGGAGGGGUCUGAGAGUGAGAGAGUAAAGGAUUCAAGGAUGAACAGAAGGAGCGCAAAGGAGAGAUGGAGACUGAGUAAGAGGGAGAGGUCGGGAGAGAGCAUGCCAACAGCAAAGACAGAGGGAUGGGAAAAGAUGGAGAAAAGAGAGAGAUGGAGCAGGUCAGGGAGGAUGAGAAAGAUGGAAGAGGAAGAGGGGAUGCAAGAUGGAGGUGUGCUGAAUGAGGGGAGCGAGGAGAGGAAGAGUACAGAGCAGACACGUGAUAAAGAGACCGAGCUUGAGAGGAUAGGGGACAGAAUGACAGACAGAGGGGACAUAGGGGAUAGAGACAUAAGCAGAGAGGACACAGGGGAUAGAGAGAUAGACAGAGAGGACACAGGGGAUAGAGAGAUAGACAGAGGGGACACAGGGGAUAGAGAGAUAGACAGAGAGGACACAGGGGAUAGAGAGAUAGACAGAGAGGACACAGGGGAUAGAGAGAUAGACAGAGAGGACACAGGGGAUAGAGAGAUAGACAGAGAGGACACAGGGGAUAGAGAGAUAGACAGAGAGGACACAGGGGAUAGAGAGAUAGACAGAGAGGACACAGGGGAUAGAGAGAUAGACAGAGAGGACACAGGGGAUAGAGAGAUAGACAGAGAGGACACAGGGGAUAGAGAGAUAGACAGAGAGGACACAGGGGAUAGAGAGAUAGACAGAGAGGACACAGGGGAUAGAGAGAUGGAAGGAGAAAGAUCAGGGGAUAGAAAGACGGAAGGGGGAAGUGUCAGGGAUAGAGAGAAGGAUGGAGAGAAGGAAGGUGCCAGCAGCCUUAGCUCUGAGGGGAGCUGUAGUGAAACCCACUGGUCUCCUUCACCCCAUCCCAUCCUCUCCAAGAUGCUCAUGCAUUCCUCCGUCUCUUCCUCCGCUUCCUCCUUCAACUGCUCCUCAGCGGAGAGCGAUGAGGUCUUCAGCGAAGGAGAGGACACUGCCAGUAAGAGGAGCACCAUGAGGAGGUGUCGCUCCUGGAGGACCUUCCUGACCAUGAUGCAGUGGUCAGUGCGUCGGCAGAGUUCAUGGGUCCAGCUAGCAGGACAUCAAGGUAACUUCCAGCUGAGUGAGGGGGGCGAGGUGCUGAAGCGUUUCAGUGAGGUGGAGGCUGUGUGUCUGCAGGCCCUCAUGGCUGACCCCCUGCGUCCGUUUGUACCGCAGUACCAUGGCUCGGUCAACAGGGGGGGUAACAGUUACAUCCGCCUGGAGGACUUACUGAGUGGCCUGAAGAACCCUGUCAUCAUGGACUGCAAGAUGGGAGUGAGGACAUAUCAGGAGGAGGAAUUAACCAAAUCACACACCAAGCCCACCCUGCGGACUGAUAUGUACCAGAAGAUGGUAAAAGUUGAUCCGACGGCUCUCACUGUGGAGGAACACGAGCAGCGAGGCGUGACGAAGUGGCGCUACCUGCAGUGGAGGGAUAACACCAGCUCCACCUCCACACUAGGCUUCAGGAUUGAGGGCAUCAUGAUGGAGAACGGCAGCGUACAGCGGGACUUUAAGAUGCUCACCCCAGCCAAGGUCACUGAGGCCCUCCUCUCUUUCACCAAGAGUCAUCUACACAUCCUGAAGGCCUACCAUUCCAGACUCCAGGCUCUGGAUGAAGCCCUGAAGGAAUCCCCAUUUUUCAAAGCCCAUGAGGUGAUUGGCAGCUCGCUCCUCUUCGUCCACGACUGGACCAGUAAGGCCAGCAUCUGGAUGAUAGACUUUGGGAAGACCACCCCGUCGCCCAGCACUGUGCAGCUGAGCCACGACGUCCCGUGGGCCGAGGGGAAUCGGGAGGAUGGGUACCUGAUCGGGCUGGCCGCCCUCACCUCCCUCGUGGGUCAGGCCAUCAGCCAGGCAGCCUGCAGACAGGAGGAGAAGCAUGGAGAGGAGACGGACAGUGUCACACACACCCUGCAGGAACAGGAACACACACAGACUAAAAGUCAGGGUGGUCAGGGCGAGGCAGCACAGAAUGAAGGUACUUCUGAUUGAAGAAGAGAGGCCACAUCAGGACAAUACUCACAGGAAUGUGUUCUCUAAUUUACAUGGAUGAUGUUUGUGGAUGAUUGCAAUAGACACUAUUAAUGGAUAGAAUUCUCUUAACUGUUUAGACAUAAGACAAUAUUUUUCUAUUUUU